GUACAAAUCUUCUCAAUAUCAUAAAAUUCCAUAUCUCCAGUGGUUGCUGAACAACAACGAAAGCUUUCUUUCUUUCUUUCCAUCAAAGUGCUGUAGAAUGGAUUAUGGAGAGAUGCCGCCGGAAGAAGAAGGAGAAGAAGAUAACGCCGGCAACCCUGAAAACAUCGCUUCUUCAUCAGCUGCGAGCAACAUGGAUCCCACCACCAGUUACCGUAGGGACGCAAUCAAUGCUCAAUUCAACGCCGACGCCGGACUAAUGGAAGAAUUCGAGCAGUCUAUAGAUUCCGGUAAGUCCUUCAACUACUCUAAGUCGGUAGCUUCGGCGCCGAAAAGUGUGUCUGAUGACAAGAUCGUAGCUUACCUCUCUAGGAUCCAAAGAGGUGGGUUUAUUCAAUCCUUCGGUUGUAUGCUUACGGUUGAGAACCCAUCUCUCAAGGUUAUUGCUUUUAGCAAGAACUGCUAUGAUUUGAUGGGUUUGCAAUCUAAUCCCGAAUUUAACCGUGGUCAGAGUUUGAUUGGGGUCGUCCUUAGUACCUUUUUCACUCCAGCUUCAUGGGCUUCUAUCCAAAGAGCAUUGAUGUCGAUGGAUCUUUCUCUAAUGAACCCUAUCUGGGUUCAUUGUAGGAAUAAUGUCAAACCAUUCUAUGCGAUCCUUCACAUCAUUGACGUGGGUAUUGUAAUUGACCUCGAGCCGACUCACUCAGGCGACCCGGCAUUGUCUUUCGCCGGAGCUGUCCAUUCUCAGAAACUAGCCGUUCGUGCUAUUUCUAGGCUGCAGUCCCUCCCCGGAGGCGACAUGGGGGCCUUAUGCGAUACCGUCGUGGAAGAUGUUCAAAGGCUGACCGGCUACGACAGAAUCAUGGUCUACAAGUUUCACGAGGAUGAACAUGGAGAAGUUGUGUCGGAAAUGAGGAGAGCCGACCUUGAACCUUACUUAGGUUUACAUUAUCCCUCCACAGAUAUACCUCAAGCUGCCCGUUUCCUGUUCAAACAGAAUCGCGUUCGAAUCAUAUGCGAUUGUAAUUCUGAUCCAGUUCCAGUACUCCAAAGGGCAGAUCUAGACCAGUCUAUUUGCUUAGUUAAAUCCACACUUCGAGCCCCUCACAGCUGCCACUCUCAGUACAUGGCCAACAUGGGUUCUAUCGCAUCGUUGGUUCUCACUGUCGUUACAAACCUCAACAACGAAUCAAAGCUAUGGGGUUUAGUCGUCUGCCACCACACUUCCGUUCGCUACGUCCCUUUCCCACUUCGAUACGCUUGUGAGUUCCUUAUGCAGGCGUUUGCUCUUCAGCUGCAAAUGGAAAUUCAGUUAGCAUCUCAGAUAGCCGAGAAGAGCGUUCUUCGUACCCAAACCUUACUAUGCGACAUGCUGUUGAGGGACGCUACUUUCAGCAUCAUUACUCAAACUCCUAAUAUAAUGGACCUGGUGAAAUGCGAUGGAGCUGCACUAUACUACGACGGGAGAUGUUGGUUGAUCGGUACAACUCCGACGGAAUCCCAGAUUGCAGACAUUAUCGUGUGGCUGUUAAGGGAACAUGGAGACUCCACCGGAUUAAGCACAGAUAGUCUACUCGAGGCUGGAUUCCCCGGUGCUGCAUCGCUCGGUGACGCUGUUCGUGGGAUGGCAACGGCGAGAAUAUCUUCUAACAAUUUCAUGUUUUGGUUUAGGUCUCAUUCAGGUUUGGAAAUCAAAUGGGCAGGAGCUAUUCAUCAGCGGGAUGAAAGGGACGAUGGGGCGAGAAUGCAUCCCAGAUCUUCGUUCAACGCUUUCCUCGAGGUUACUAAGAGUAGGUGUUUGCCUUGGGAAGGUUCUGACAUCGAUGCUAUUCACUCCUUGCAGCUUAUAUUGAGAGAUUCCUUUAAGAAAGGCCACAUUAAUUCAAUAUCAGACAUCGAUGAAAAGGAUCCUGAAGUAGCAAGGAUGGAGGAACUCAGUUCAGUGGCCUGCGAAAUGGUUAGGCUGAUCGAGACUGCAACAGCUCCCAUUUUCGGGAUUGAUAUGACUGGUUCAGUCAACGGAUGGAACUCGAAGAUCGCUGAAUUGACCGGUUUACCAUCUGUGGCGAUCAUGGGGAAACCUUUAAUCAGUGUUGCAGUUCAUCCUGAUUCGUAUAGUGUGGCUGAAGAUGUCAUCUCCAAAGCUUUUCAAGGUCAGGAGGAGCAAAACGUCGAACUAAAGCUGUUACAAUUCGGGGAAGAAGGAGACAGGAUGAACUCGGUUCUAUACAUUGUGGUGAAUACCUGUAUCAGUAAGGAUUACACAGACAGUGCUAUCGGCGUGUGCUUUGUUGGUCAAGAUAUAACACGCCAAAAGACGAUAAUGGACAAAUUCACUAAUCUGCAAGGAGACUACAAAGCGAUAGUACAGAGUAUUAACCCCUUGAUCCCACCAAUAUUUUCUUCAGACAACGAUGCCCAUUGUUCUGAAUGGAAUACAGCCAUGGAAAACCUGACCGGGUAUAAUAGAGAGGAGGUCUUGGGUAAGUCUCUUCACGGUGAAGUUUUUGGAGAGCUUUGUCGUCUUAAGGGUCAAGACACUCUCACAAAGUUGAUGAUUCUUCUUUACAGAGGAAUUAGUGGUCACGAAACUGAUAAGUUUCCGAUUGGUUUUUACAAUAGGAGUGGAGAGUAUGUCGAGGUUUGUAUGGUUGUAAACAAAAGAACGGACUCCGAUGGCAAUGGUAUUGGCUGUUUCUGUUUCUUGCAGACGGCUACUUCUACUGUUCAUGAGGUUGGUGAAAGUAGUAGACAGAAUGAAGACGAAAACCUUCACGGAACUAAGCUUAAAAAACUGGCCUACAUCAGGCAAGAGCUGAAGAAUCCACUGAAUGGGAUUAGGUUCAUCCACAAACUGUUGGAGGAGAGCGCCACCACUCAAGAUCAGAAGCAGUUUCUCGAGACUAGUGAAGCAUGCGAGCGACAAAUCAUGUCGAUUGUGGAUGACACUGUUCUAGAAAGCAUGAUGGAGGAAGGCAAACUUGAGCUUCAUAACGAAGAAUUCCUGUUCGGAAAUGUGAUUGAUGCUAUCAUCAGUCAAGCUAUGAUAACAAUGAGUGAGAAUAAGUUACAGUUAAUCCAUGAUAUUCCACCUGAAGCGAGGACACAGUAUCUAUUUGGAGAUCAGAUUAGGCUUCAGCUGGUCCUAUCAGAUUUCUUGCUUAAUAUAGUUCGAUAUGCACCUCCCAAUGGAUGGGUCGAGAUCCAAGUGUCCCCAAUUUCGAAGUUGAUGGAAGAUGGGAACGAAUUUGCACAUUUCCAGUUCAGAGUUGCUCAUCCCGGGAAGGGUCUCCCUCCAGAAAUCAUGAAAGACAUGUUUGAACAGGGGAAUCAGUGGAUGACACAAGAAGGAAUGGGACUAAACCAGUCGAGGAAACUACUAAAUCUUAUGAAUGGUAAUGUCCAUUAUGCAAAAGAGGAAAAUAAAGGCUACUUUCUCGUUGAACUCAAACUCAAGAUCAAGAACAACAAUCCAGAGGAGGAGGAGGACAAGGCUACCAAAAUGUUUAUAGAAGCAAUAUGACAGAGCGAGUCGAUGGUUUCGAGUGUUUUCGCCAAUAAAACGUAUGUAUAAUUACCGUUUUUCCAUAAAAUAAAUGAUGUUUAUAUGUACUUUCAUGUAAAUAUCUAGUGUGCCUGUAUGUUUCAUGUAAUUUCAUGUAAAUAUCUAGUGUGCUUGUAAGAACUAGUGGUUCUGAGACUGGUACAGUUAUAUAAAUAAACCUGCUGCUUUUCCCUUUA